GCCGUAACCGUGGAUGGACGCGCGCGCUUUUCGAAACAGCUCGAACAGGUGUACUUCGGGAGGAAAUUGUAGUUUCCAUCAGCAGCGAAGCAGGAAGUUGACGAAUUUUGGUGAAGGUUGUUCCAUUCUGACAGGGUGCAAUUUCCGUGUUCAGUGAUUCUUUGUGUCGGUGGAAGAGAGUGAAAAAACAGAAUCUGCAGUGCCGGACCGGACGUUGACCAAUUCGGGUGCGAUCCGUCAAGUGGUAGUUUUUGGUGGAAAAUCUUCUUAUGCGUGACAUUUCCUGAGGGGUGGUUUUCCCCUUGCGGUUCACUGUGGAUAUUACGUUGGAGUUGGCUAAAACUGGAUUCGGUGGAACCAGCUGGAAGAAGAUAAGUGCACUUCACCGUGAGCAUCGCAACGAGGGAGAGUAAGAAAAGAAAAAACAACAUGAGGAAGUGCUGUCUUCUUCUGCUUGUACUGCCAGUAGCUUUCUGCACCCGACCACCGGCUGCUGUAUUCGAAGACGUGUAUGAACUGGGACAACCAAAUGUUGCUUAUCUCACCCCAAGAGGAGCGCAGGAUGGCAUGCAAGCCUACCUGAAUCGACGCAACCGGCAGCUCGGGGAAGCCGCAGUCACGGUGGUGUCAUCGAACGAGGCGACAUCCAGCGAACGGUACCAAAAUCACGAGGAGAAACAAUAUGACCGCAUUCGGUUGGAGAAUAUCCAAUUGCUCAACGUAAUGCGACGUAAGAAGCGGUUAGAUUCUUCGACGGCAAAGACAACCCCUGCGGCGUCUUUGCCACGCCAUUCCAAAAAGGUGAACGUUGUCCCGCAGGAGAUGUUUGCUUUUACCGUGGAUGACGCGAUUUUUCAUCCAGCAAGCUUGGAACGAACCGAUGAUUCAGGGGAGACGAAGCAAAGAACCAAACGGCAGAUUGAAGACCGACAACCGAAGCGAGUCGAACCGGUCCCUAGAGAUUUUUUUCGUUUCGAACUAAAGGACGCCGUGACAGAAAAAUCACAGAUGCACCCGGAAAGCGCGUCUCAUCAUAGCAGAAGAAGACGAUCGGCGGAAUCGGCCAACAGAGAAGGCCGGGAAAUGGUUUCCUUCGAGUUGAAAGAUGCCAAAGUUUCGGAUCGGGAUGCUGCUCUUUUUCACAAGCAAAUGAUGGAAGAAAAUCCAAACCUUAGAAUGCCUUUCACGACGUCGGAUUCUUACACGAGAGGGUCAGUGCUAGAAGACAUGACUGAACGACCGGAAGCUAGACGACGGGAGAGCAAAAAAGAGAAACGGGACAAUCCGGAAGAAGAAACGGAUAUGACUACUGAGGAAACCCGUCGGGUGAAGGUUGCUAGGCCAGGUAAGAAGAAGAUGGCAAACUAUGGGGACUUACCGCUGGGGGUGCAAAAAGCAAUCGAUAUAGCAAUCCAGGAGAAUGAACGAAUGAACGUAAAAGUCGCUGGAGAGGAAACUGCAAGAGGAAGUACCAAAUAUUACUACGGUGAUAAAAAACCGAAAGCUAAGAAACCUUACAGCUCAACAACCAGCACCAAGAUUACUAGCUCUGGCCCAAAGGAAGCAAAAUUUAUACCUAGUCCACAGAUGGAGUCUGGUUUUGUUCCAAGUAAGUCGAUGCAAAGUGAUUCGAUGGAAAAUCUGAAACCAGAGAAAUCCAAUCCCGGAACUUGGUGGUCAUCCUCGAAUGUUCAUCGCCAGAAGAGGCUUCACCAGAAAGCACAUUAUUCACCACUAGUCGUUAGUCCACAAUACAUCAACACCUACAAGCCAACGAUGGAAAGUCAAAAAAUGACUGGUUAUCAAAAUUCAAAAGAAACUGCUUACGAAUAUUCUAGUAGCCCUAAAGAAGUAUCCGAACAGGAAAAACCGAAGAUCCAGUACGUUAUUAAAGAGGUUCCCGUUCCAGUGCGAAUUAAGGAACCGCGAACAAAAAUAACCGUCCAACCAACAAUCUCAAUUUCCUACGACAAAGAUCCUACCGGUCCAGAAGGCAGCUCUGGUGAGAGUCAAUCCAAUUACAACAAUCCCUACGGUCCCGUUGAAUUACGUUAUGAACAACCGAAAGAGCAGAGCGAACAGUUUCACAAUCUGAACAUUGUCGUACCCGAUUCGAAGGAACAACACGAGCACCCAUCCUAUUAUGGGCACAAUCACGUAGAGCAAACAAAACCCAGCGAAUCGUCUGACAAUUACGAAAACACUGGCAGCAGCUUAGCAGCCCUAUCGGCAUUGAUCGGUAAACGACCGACCGUUCAGCUGCGAGGUCUGAACAAUCUACUGCGUAUGCCGAUUCCAAUCGGAAACCAACAACCGCUGCAAACGAUGAAAACCAAAGUUCGACCACAGGACAGCACAGGGCCGAUUAUGUUCCCAGAUGACGGAUCCACUCCAAGUCCACAACCAAAGAAAACCACCGGUUAUCGUAGUGUAAAGAUCGAAAAUGGUCCUAAAGUGUUGUACGAGGACCACGGUUCCAGUGCACUAUACCACACGGUUCAGAUGAACCCCCAGCUGCAGGUUCCAAUGACAAAAGAUUACACCCCUAUCAAAGAGGUUGUUUCCGAUAUUUCGGAUGCUGACUUGGUGGGACCCACAGUUGCAACUCCUACUCACGCCACUUACAUCAUUGGAUCGACACCAAUACCACCGCAAAUCGAAAGCAACAGCUACGAGCCAGACACCGACAGUCACAGUGCUUCCCAUUAUCAAGAACUGCAUGAAGCUCUACCAACCCCGCAACCGGUUAGUCUCCAGUACCAAACGCGACAACCAGAUCAUCACUAUCAGGGUCAACACCACCAUAGCCAGCCGCGCCAUCAGGAGUACGAAGAACACCCGGAUCACCAUUUCCACCACCUGCAACACGAGGACAGUGAGGAUAUAGACGACUCGGAAGGCUACGCCUUCGGCUAUCGAGUGCGUGAUUUCCACACUGGAAAUGACUUCGGUCACAUCCAAAACCGAGACAACGGUGUAACCCGAGGCGAAUACCAUAUCCUGCUGCCCGAUGGUCGUGUUCAAAACGUUCGCUAUACGGCCGACGAACAAGGAUUUCACGCUGAAGUCAGUUACGAAAGUGUGCACGCGGCGUCCCACGAAACUUCGAACUAGAAAAUAAGAAAAACUAACGGAUAUGACAGUGAAUAAUAGUUUUAGCCAUUCCUUCUAUCAAGCGACCGAUCUCUCGCGUGAGAUCGGCGCGAAAGAAGGUGUACAUAAAAUCGAGUAUUCAUCACGCAAUGCAGCAAAAAGCACCGGGAAGCUUCGCCUAGUCACCAGAAGAGCGAGUUCAAGCUGAUCUAGAGAAAAGCUCCAGCGCAGUUGGGCGACCCACUUGGUGUGCAAAGUCAUGUUCAUAACCUUCAUUACUUCAUGCGACUGUUAUGCUUCUUUUUAUCGUUACUUAUUUCGUUAGAUUUGACUUACUCCUAGGUGUCGUAGAACCAGUUGUUAUUUAAUUGUACAUUAUUUAAUACUCUGCCUUUGACUAUCGAUCUGCUACACUACUCACGGAACUGUCAAAGCGAUCAACACCGUUGUGAUUAAGGGACCUGUGCAAUUGUUGACAUUAUUUCAUCGUUGUUAAGCUUGUUGAUUUUGUUGGUUGUACAAAUAGUAACCAGUCACCGAAACCCCCCUCACGAAAAAAAUUUUAACAAAAAAAGAGAAAACAAAAAACCAUUCUUCAAUGCAUCAUUUCGGAUCAUUAAGUAGCAUGUAAGGAUAGGCGAAGUGAUCAAUUGAAGGCAAAUCGAAAGUAUUAUUGUGACAUUAUUUGUCCGACAAAGCACGUGUAAAAUACAUACGUGCAUACACACUCACACAUACCGUAACAUUAGAGACGCGUAAACACUCGACACGACUUAUGCCAAAAGAACGUUGUACCUUUUGUUACUAGGUUAGCUUUGUAUUUGUAAGGGAAACGAGAAACUAUGACAAUAAA